AUUGUCUCUCUCUUCCUCUCUCUCUCUCUCUCUCUCUCUCUCUCUCUCACCCACCGCCACACGUAAAACGCGUACGGGCAUGUGCGUGAAGUCGAGGAGGACACAGGCAAUCCGUUUAUUGCUACCGCAAUCGUUAAAAACCACGUAGCAGACAAGCAAUUCGUUUUAUAAUAACGCAAUAAUAUAGCCGUCGUUUUUUGUGUUUUCAUUUCAGCUUUCUCCUUCGCGACCCCAUCAUCAUCGCCCUUUUCUCUGAUCUGCGCAGCUCCUCCCGAGCGUUCAUCUACGCGGACCGCCUUUCCUCUCAUCAUUCUUCCCUUUCUGGGACAGAGAAAAGUGAAAAUGAUUGCCUUUUUCAAUUAGGCUUCCAAUCACUUAAUAAUUACGGAGUAUUUCUUUUUUCUCUCUACUGGUACUACACUCAUCCCUCCUUUGUUGAAAAAAGGUGUCAAAGCAUCCAUCUUUAUUGCUUAGCUAGCAUACAAUUAGAAGAGAAAAGGAGCAGAGGAUGUUAGAAUUGGGUAUUCUAGUGAAAUGAAAUCUUGGUUUUGUCUUACAGAAUCAUUGAGGAGGUGUUGUUCUUUAUUACCAAAGGCUGCCUUUGUUGAUUGGUAGCAAACUUGCCAUAGGCCGUGGAGAUUGAGCUGUUAUCGAUAAAGGAUCUUAGAGUGGAUUGGGAAAGGUCUUCGUAGUUUCAAAAGAACAUAUGGGGUCUUUUCCUGGGCAUGUUAUACCAGGAACACUGUUUCUUGUGGUUGGGGUGUGGCAUAUGUUGUGCUCAAUAGUCAGAUUUGUGUCGAGCCCCGAAGCGUUCCGGGUAAGGGUGUGGAACCCUGUUACGGUCUUCAAUGAGAAGCUGAAGUACUUGGAGCUUUAUGUCAUAGCAAUUGGAGGUUUCAUUGAUUUGUGUAUCGAGCUGCUCUAUUCAACCCACCUCAGGCUCUUUGUUGGUGGCGUUUUGAAUCCUUCUCAUAUGAAUAACUUUGAGCAUUCCGGGAUGCUUCUCAUGUUCGUCGUGUUUGGAAUCAUAGUACUACUCUCCGAAAAAACCAGGUUCCUUCCCUUACCUCAUCAAGCGUUGUGCUUGAUUGCAUCCACGGCUUUCUGUGCGGAGUAUUUCUUAUUUUAUUUCCACUCGACCACACACAAGGGUCUCGAGGGUUACUACCACCUCAUCCUCGUCAUCCUUAUAGGCCUCUGCAUAGUAACUACCAUUGCCGGGGCCCUCGUGCCAGCCAACUUCCCCGUUGAUUUGUCGAGUGGCAUUGCGAUAACACUUCAAGGCCUCUGGUUCUACCAGACCGCAUUUACUCUUUACGGUUCAAUGAUGCCCGAGGGUUGCCGGCUUCAGGGGAACGAGGUAUCGUGUCGUUCCACUGAUAGUCAAGUUCGAGGGGAGUUGCUAGCGAACGUUCAACUGUUCAGCAUGGUCUUUGGCGUUCUAGCCGUGGUUUCAGGGGCGUAUGGUGUUGCGGUUUCCAAAUAUGGUCACCCAGAAAUAAUUAGACUUCCACAGGUUACACUUGAUGGAUAGAUGUGUUUGCUCAAAAUGGCCAUUUUUGCUUUAUAGGCCCUCUGAGGAAGCACUUGUUGCCUUUGACAUAACUUUUUCUUUGUAAUCUUGUUAUUGCAGAUAAUGCCUUCCAAUUAUACCUCUUUUUUUUUUUUUUUUUUUUUUUUGCCCCUUUUCCUUUUGAGGUGCUGUUUAGUACAUGCAAAUUGUAAUUUAUUCAAUGUUUCAAAUGCAAAAGAAAAAUAAAAUA